AUGGUAAAGAUUCAAAUAGAUGAAUGUUACAUUCUUUUGCAUUUUGACCAUUCUAAUUAUUUGAUAAUAAACCAUGAGAAGAUGUACCGUAACAAAGCGGCUAUCAUUCAGAGUUCUACUUCUGGUACAAAACGUACUCGUCUGCAAACUUCCAAUCAAGAAUGCCAAAAUUCUGUAGCAGAUGGACUGAAUUCUAGUAGUACUGUUGUCACCACAGAACGAACUACUACUGGGAUUAGAGUUAGUGCACGUCUUCAGCAACAAAGUGUUAAUGAUCAGCUAGUGGUAAACACCAUAGCUGAAGAGCGAGAUGAUAAUUUGAUGUCAGAUAUUAAUCAGGAGCCUCCUCCAGGUACAACCAAAAAGGUGCGAGGGAAGACAAGAGGAGUGAAUGCAGAUAAGGUGUUCUCCCAAUUGAAUUCUAAAAUACCUGUGACUCUGACUGAAGAAAAUGGCAGACCUACGGGCCCUUAUGCUGAGAUGUUUGCAAAUGAAAUUGGUUACACAAUUCGAAACUAUGCCCCACUGAAUGUGGAAAAAUGGAAGAAGAUUGAAAAAGCAGAUGUGGAGAACUUGAUCAAAAGAAUGUAGAAUAAGUUUGAAUUUGAUAUGUCGUUCCCUUGGGUCCAGAGAUAUGUAAUUACAACAUGUCAGACCGUAUAUUAUAAUUUUCGCUAUAAGUUGAAGAAACAUUUUGAGCGGUUUUCAA